UCCCAACAUCAGUAUGCCUGCCCACCUCAUUUCCACUCCAGACAUAGUUGCUGCUGCUCUUGUGGAUAGAAAUAACAGCUGAGGUGUGUUUGUGUGUGGAUGUUUUAAACAUCAGUAUCCUGUGCACUGCCUUCAUCCUCUCAGUUUGCAGCAGUGAACAGUCAACUGUGAUAUCUCAGCGAAAGGACCAGACGGAGAUUGAGACAAGUGGACAUGGAAGAGUGAUGAAAAGAGGAUAAAGGGUCAACAAAAAAAGAAGAGAAGCUGGACCAUUUUGGAGUUUACCCAACAGAAUUAUAAGGAUGAAUUACGCUUAAUGGCUCCUCCCCUGAAUUUAUGUAUGCAGCAAAUAACAUCGUAAUGUCUUUGCACCGGAGGCUGUGUUUGUGAUUCUGGACUACAGACAGAUAAAAGGCAGCUUCAGUAUGUGCGUUGGGCAGCUGCAGCAGAUGUUGAAGACAUCUUUGACUUUAUAGGGAGCGGAGGCAUUUUCAAGCAUAGAUUGGACUGGAAUUCCUUUAAACAAAGUCACAUUUUUCUCAGUUGUUUUCCUUUUUUGUGCCUUCAACUGGGAAGACUGUUCUACAAGGAAAAAGAAGAGGAAAAUACACACUUCUUGUUGUGUUUUAACCUCUUUUCAUCUUUGAUUAAAAAACGAAACUGCUGGCACUAAAGAUAUAACAAGAUCGUAUCUCCAUCUCUACGUUUUGCGUCACUUGGAAAAGCAAAUUGAAGCAGUCUCAUCAUGGAACUGCAAUAUGGAGUCUUUCUUUUGAACUGAGUGCAAAAAGCUGAAGGAAGAAAUUGAUAAAGUGGAUUCUAGGGUUCAUUGUACCCUUGAAAGGGGCCCUUGGACACGCUCUCCUCCCCAAGAUGAUGAAUUCAUCCCUGGAUCCACUGAACCUGAGCUAUACUGAACCCUCGAAUGCGUCUGCUCCCUUUUGCCUACUUGAGAUAGGCUACUCCCAAAUUUUCACAACCUGCCUCCUUGAAGUCUCUAUUAUACUUCUCCUCACUGUUCUCAUUAUUUUUGGUAACCUGGUGGUGAUUUUUGUGUUUCACUGUGCCCCCUUGCUUAGCCAGCACACCACCAGUGCUUUCAUCCAGACUAUGGCCUACGCUGACUUGCUGGUGGGGGUCAGCUGCCUCUUCCCAUCCCUGUCCCUCCUCCAUCACUUGCAGGGCCUGGAUCCAAGACUCACCUGCCAGGUGUUCGGGUACAUGGUGUCUGUUUUGAAGUCCGUUUCAAUGGUGUCGUUGGCAUGUGUAAGCGUUGAUCGCUACAUUGCCAUCACUCGACCUCUGUCUUAUGCGUCCCUAGUAACUCCUUGUCGAGUCCGCUGCUGCAUCCUCCUUAUAUGGUUGUAUUCUGCUCUCAUAUUUCUCCCCUCUUUCCUUGGGUGGGGUAAACCUGGUUAUCAUGGCGACGUGGUGGAGUGGUGUGCAGUUCAGUGGAGGACUAGUCCGGCAUUUACAACCUUUAUUGUUGCACUGCUCUAUGCCCCAGCUGCACUCACUGUCUGCUUUACCUAUGCCAAUAUCUUCAAGAUCUGCCGACAACACACACGGGAGAUUAGCGAGCGCCACGCUCGUUACCGACCCCAACAGCUACAGGGCCCAGGAUUGACGGUAGGAUCUGGGAUGAAGGACAACAGUGUGGCAGAGCAAGAGCAGUUGCCCCACUCGGCACAAUCACAGAAACUUGAACACCACCAACCACAAUAUCAGUCUUCCUCAUCAGCGUACCCAGACAAGCGAUAUGCUAUGGUACUGUUCCGCAUUACCAGUGUGUUUUAUAUCCUUUGGUUGCCUUACAUUCUUUAUUUUCUGCUGGAGAGUGGAGGGAUCUAUCACCACCCUGCUGCGUCGUUCCUCACCACAUGGCUGGCCAUCAGCAACAGCUUCUGUAACUGUCUCAUCUACAGUCUCUCCAAUUCUGCAUUCAGGAAAGGCCUGAAGCGCCUCUGCUCCUUCUGUUUACAGAGCAGUGGCAGUGGCUUUGUAGUUGAGAACACCAAAAAGACUUUUGUUGGCUCUGUAGAAAAGGGAUGUGCUGGGCCAGGAUAUGGCUAUAGGGAUAUUGGAAUUGGCACAACAUGUCAUGUGUGACACACAGGGGAUGCUUUUGUGCCAAAUUGGCAUGUGAACUUUCUGAAAAGAUUCCUGAUGUAUAUCUGUUGUGAAAUGUCUUCUCUGCUUAGCUGAAACAUGCUGUGAAGAUAUGGAAAGUGAUGCCAGUGUGGCACUGCAGUUACACAGACAUGCUCUCUGAUUAUGCCGCUGUUGGUUAAAACCGAGAACGGUCAAGACCAAGGGACUGAAGGACAAAAAUGCUCAGUAGCCCACAGAAGUGUUUUAAAAUGGUCAUGGCAUGCUGGUAAACGGACAUGUGUGAGAGAUAGAACGACAAAACAGUGUCUUUAAAUCUGUGGUGAAGGAGACUGUAAUGUGCUCUAUGAAUUUUUAUUUAUGGGAAGUGACUUCAGUAUUUAUUUGAUUUUGCCAGACCAAGAAAUGUUACAAGAAAACUUCCAAAAAGCUGUAUGUGCCGUCACCAGUAUUUGUCAGCAUGGUAUGCAUUGAGUGCAAAAAAAAGAGGAAGUAUUCACACAAACGGAACGGUUGAUUCCUGUGUUUUAGAAAUGUAGCGCUGAAGUAAACUGCCAAUGUUGAACUGUUUUACUGUGCUCAUUUUCUCUCAGCGUCUACACGCUGAAAGUGAAAAAGAAAAGAAAGAAAUAAGAAAUGCCUGCUGUUUUUUUGUUGUUGUUUUUUUUUUUU